AUGGGGUGUGUUUCUAGUAAAAAAGCUACAUCAUUUCGUGAAUUGCCUUCGUUUACACCGAAAUCUUGUCUAAACUGUAAACAACCAUAUGCUCAUCGAGGAUGGUGUAAACCAUGUGUAAUUAAAAGAUUUAAAUCAGAUUUUGCAAACUGGACAAGUGGGAAUCUUGAAUUGGACAAUUACAUUAGAUACACUCAAUUAAAUAUAACAAAUUCUUCGAGUUUCUUGGAAUGGAUACCUUAUGAUAAGUUCGAUGACGUCAGGGAAAUGUAUAAGGGCGGCUUCGGAAUUGUUUGUAGUGCUAUUUGGGAUCUUGGUCCUAAGUUAUUUUGGGAUGAUGGUGCUGAAAAUUGGGUUCGAGAAGGUGAAAAACGGAUUGCUCUAAAACGUUUACAAAAUUCUCGUAAUGCUGAUCCUGAAUUUUGGAAAGAGGGAUCCCAUUUCAAAAGAUUAUUUCAUGAUAACAGAAUUGGUGGAUGGAGAUCUUAG